AUCUACUGUGAGUGACGGGGGUGGGGACAAAUGCCGGUGUCACCAGUGCCUGGUGUCACCAAAUCGGGGUGUCAUCAAUUCCUGGUGUCACCAAAUCGGGGUGUCAUCAAUUCCUGGUGUCAUCAAAUUGGGGUGUCAUCAAUGCCUGGUGUCACCAGUGCCUGGUGUCACCAAAUCGUGGUGUCAUCAAAUUGGGGUGUCACCAAAUCGUGGUGUCACCAAUCCUGGUGUCAUCAAAUCCCAGUGUCACCAAAUUGGGGUGUCAACAAAUCGUGGUGUCAUCAAAUUGUGGUGUCACCAAGUUGGGGUGUCACCAAUCCCUGGUGUCACCAAGUUGGGGUGUCAUCAAAUCCCGGUGUCAUCAAUCUCUGGUGUCACCAAUCCCUGUGUCAUCAAUUCCUGGUGUCAUCAAAUCUUGGUGUCACCAAUCCUGGUGUCACCAAUGCCUGGUGUCACCAAAUCGGGGUGUCAUCAAGUUGGGGUGUCAUCAAUGCCUGGUGUCAUCAAAUCCCGGUGUCACCAGUGCCUGGUGUCACCAAAUCGGGGUGUCAUCAAGUUGGGGUGUCAUCAAAUCGGGGUGUCAUCAAAUUGGGGUGUAAUCAAAUCGUGGUGUCACCAGUCCUGGUGUCAUCAAUUCCUGGUGUCACCAAAUCCCGGUGUCACCAAGUUGGGGUGUCACCAAUCCCUGGUGUCACCAAGUUGGGGUGUCAUCAAAUCCCGGUGUCAUCAAUCUCUGGUGUCACCAAUCCCUGUGUCAUCAAUUCCUGGUGUCAUCAAAUCUUGGUGUCACCAAUCCUGGUGUCACCAGUCCUGGUGUCACCAAUCCCUGGUGUCACCAAUCCCGGUGUCACCAAUGCCUGGUGUCACCAAUGCCUGGUGUCACCAAAUCGGGGUGUCAUCAAGUUGGGGUGUCAUCAAAUUGGGGUGUCAUCAAAUCCCGGUGUCACCAGUGCCUGGUGUCACCAAAUCGGGGUGUCAUCAAGUUGGGGUGUCAUCAAAUCGGGGUGUCAUCAAAUUGGGGUGUAAUCAAAUCGUGGUGUCACCAGUCCUGGUGUCAUCAAUUCCUGGUGUCACCAAAUCCCGGUGUCACCAAGUUGGGGUGUCACCAAUCCCUGGUGUCACCAAUGCCUGGUGUCACCAAAUCGGGGUGUCAUCAAGUUGGGGUGUCAUCAAAUUGGGGUGUCACCAAUCCCUGGUGUCACCAAAUCGUGAUGUCACCAAAUCGUGGUGUCACCAAAUCCCAGUGUCACCAGUCCUGGUGUCACCAAUCCUGGUGGUGCCAAAUCGUGGUGUCACCAAAUCGUGGUGUCACCAAUCCUGGUGUCACCAAUGCCUGGUGUCACCAAAUCGGGGUGUCACCAAUGCCUGGUGUCAUCAAUCCCUGGUGUCACCAAAUCGGGGUGUCACCAAUCCUGGUGUCAUCAAAUCCUGGUGUCACCAAAUCGUGGUGUCAUCAAAUCCCGGUGUCACCAAAUGGGUGUCACCAGUCCUGGUGUCACCAAUGCCUGGUGUCACCAAAACUUGGGAUAAGGAUGAGGAAAAGGUGGGAUAGAG